AUGAUGGCAGCGUCAAGUAGAGGCAGCAGAGCCGUUCGAGGCAUCUUCUCAUCAUCCCCCACAAUCUGCUCCAGAUGCGCAACAACGCGAUUCUAUUCUGCGGCUGCAGCGGCGGAGAUAAAGGCGUCUGUUACUGACGCUGCUCCUCCUCCUCCGACCAAAUCACCCUAUCCUUACGACAUCCGCUCCGGCCUCGUCCUCACACGGCCGCCCCUCCUGACGAGAACCCUCCACCCGUUCGAGAACGCCUAUUAUUUCUACCAGAAGCGUCUGGAGGAACGUCUCAACACGCCCUUUAUCACAAGCAUAUACUUCAAGCCCGACACGGCAGCGCAGCUCGACUGGAGCCUGAAAGUCCAGGAGCGAGGCGGCACGGUAGCCAAGGAGCUGGGGACGUACCACGGAAAGAGCUCCAAGGCGUGGGACGAUGAGCUGAAAGUCGGCGACCAGCUGAGCUCGCAGGAGAGCGUGCUCAACAGUCUGCUCAAGGACGCUGCUGCGCGUGUCAGCGACGAUGCGGAGGUUAUUGCGCCGGAGGAUGUCGUGCCUGUUGAGAGGCCGGUGGAGAGGCUGUCUGAGGCGGAUAAGAAGAAUGAUGUGAGGCGGCUGGACCGGCAGAUGGAGAGGACGCUGUAUCUUGUUGUCAAGGGUCCGGAUGGGUGGGGCUUUCCUGCUGAUGUUCUCAAGGAUGAGAACCUCCACGAGGGCGCAAAGAGAGUAAUGGAUCAAGCUGCCGGUGUCAACAUGAACACCUGGCUCGUCGGCCGCGUCCCCGUUGCCCACCUCGUCCAGGAGCCCGUCCUCGGCAAGAGCGGCGAGGUCCAGAAGAAGGGCCAAAAGACCUUCUUCAUCAAGGGAAGAAUCAUGGCUGGCCAGGCUGACCUGAAGGGCAACCCCUUUGGAUACACAGACUUUAAGUGGUUGACGCGGGAGGAGCUGGAGAAGGAGUUGGCGCCGGAGUACUUCCGUGGUGUUAGGAAUAUGAUGGCUGAUAGGUAA